AUGGCAGUGUCUGGACCCUUCCCGCUGCUGGUCGAGGGGUCUUGGGGCCCCAAUCCCCAGAAGACCUUAAUCAACAAGUUGCAGAUGUACUUCCAGAGCCCGAAGAAGUCAGGUGGAGGGGAGUGUGAGGUCGUUUUGCAGCCAGGGAAACCGGCUAGCUUCCUGGUGCUUUUCUCCCUGGAGGAUGUUCGGCAGAAUGUUCUGAAGAAAGGGAACCAUGAGUUAGUGUGGCCAGGAAAAGGGACAUUCAAGUUAACUGUCCGGUUGCCCGAAGACCCAGAUGAAGCCUCAGUCUCUAAGGAGGCAGUUCUAGAUAAGGUAAGGACACGAGACAUUAUUACAAGGUAUGAUUUGGAUACAGCACAUUCUCCCAGCAACAGAACAGAAGAUGUCCCCAAAGAAUGUGAAACUGUUCCCUCCAUGGUGGCAUUUGAAAACCUGCCUGAGAAGGUGACUGACAUAGUGCUGACCUUCCUGGUGGAGAAUAUAAGCGGCUUCCCCAGUGACGACUUUAAGGUGGAAGUGAUCCGAGAUUUUGGCGUUGCCGUGGUUACCUUUCAGAAGCCUAUAGAUACCAAAAAAUUUAUUAGCGAUUGUAUCGGUCACCAUUGGAACCAACAGCUGCAACUUGCCCCGAGACUUCUGGAAACAACAAAAGUAGUUAGGGUGGAAAACCUGCCUCCUGGGGUAGAUGACUACCAGCUACAGCUCUACUUCGAAAACCCUUUCAACGGGGGCGGAAGAGUCACCCAGGUCGAGUGUUUCCCAGAAGAGAGCUCGGCGCUGGUUGAGUUUUCAGACAGCAAAGUGUUAGACACCAUUCUGGCCAAGAAGCACAGUUUCAACAGGAUGCCACUGUCUGUCUUCCCCUAUUAUCCUUCUCUGGGCACAGCCUUGUAUGGCGAUGAGAAGCCGCUGGUCAAGCUUCCAGCAUCUUUCCAAGAGUCACUGGGCCUUCCUUUGUGGAAGUUCUUUCAAAAAAAUAAUCAUCUGAUAAAGGAAAUAAAUGACAAAAUGAGACGCUGUCACUGCGAGCUAACAUGGUCUGACAUCAACGGCACAGUGACCGUCAGACCUGCUGCCACCUUAGUCAGUCACAGACCAAGCAUCAAGACCUGGCAGAGAGACGCCUCCGAGGUGCUGUGUGGCAUCAAGACUAAGUAUGAAGUUAAGGUGUUUGAAGUGUAUCCACCAGUGUGGGACAUCAUACUGCAUGAAUUAGGAGAUGACAGGGUUCUCAUUGAGUUUGAUAAGGAGAGUCUCACCUUAGCCGGAAAAUCAGAAGAUGUCCAAGACAUCGGCCAGAAAAUCAAGGAAUUAAUAGACAGCACCACAGAAAAGGUCCGAAAGGAGGAGCAGAGUCUGAAGGAGAACGUGGCCAUUUCUCCAGGGAAACACUUUCUUUUGCAACACAGUGGUUUUCUGGAUGAUCUAAGGAAAGAGAACCCAGAGGUGGAGAUUCAUUACGAUGCUGCCACUCAGCACCUGUGCUUUAAGGGAUUUUAUACAGAUGUGUCUAAAGUAAAUUGUGACAUCCAUGCAAAAAUGUAUUUCAUGGCUCAGAAAGAUGUCCCAAUUCCUUCUGAAGUCUUCAUGUUUCUGCAGCAAGUAGACAGUCAGGAAUUCUCCAAGACUCUUUUUGAAGCACAAGAAAAUUUUGCCACUUAUAAGCUGAACAGUACAAGUCUUCUCUUGACGGCCUGUUCUUUCAGAGCCCUGGCAGAAGCAGAGAAGAAAAUGCUUGAUGCCUUGAGUUAUAAAAUCAUUGAAGUUGAAGACAAGGAAAUUUUUAGAGGCAAUGCAUGGAAAAAGAAAAUUCACCCUUUGCAAAAAAGACACUCCUCCACUGCAAGCAUCAUGAUAAAGAAUGAAUUAACUUCAGGAACUCCGGCGGAGGUCAUCAUUGCAGGCUGUGUGAAAGAAGUAAAUGAAAUCCACGGCCAACUUUUUGAAUUCUUAGAGAACACCAUGAAAAUUGAAAGACUGGUUGAAAUUGAACCAGUCUUGAUUAUGGAGUAUUUACGGUCAGACAGGAAGCUAUUCUGGCCAAAGAUAAAAAAGGCCAAUGUGCAGGCACGUUUUAAGCUGGAAGACAAACCAAAAGGCAUUUUACUGACAGGAUCCAAGAGUAAAGUUCUAGUGUGCAUGAACAUGGUCAAGGAAAUCCUGGAUUCAGUCUGCAUUAAAAUGUUCCAGAUUGAUAAGCCUGGUGCUAGGCACUUCUUCCAGGACAAAGCAUCCUAUUACAAAAGUGAGAUCAAACGCCUGUAUGGAUGCAUCAUUGAGCUCCAGGAGGGAGCAGAGAAGGACAAAGGCAGCCUUAAAGAGCAGAAGUGCCUCUUACAGAAGGACAUAGCCCCUGGAGUCACGCUGAUUGUACAGCAGGGAGACUGGGCUCGGUUUCCUGCUGAUGUGGUCGUGAAUGCGGCAAACGAGCAUCUGAAACACACUGAUGGUCUGGCCCUCGCUCUUUCAAAUGCAGCUGGUCCUGAACUUCAAGCAGAAUGUGACAAAAUAGUGAGAAAUGGUGGCGUGGUCCUAACUGGCAAUGCCGUUAUCUCAAAACCAGGCAAGCUCCCUUGCCAUCAUGUCAUCCACGCAGUAGGGCCUCGAUGGGACGGAAAUAAGGCCCAGGAGUGCGUGAGCCUGUUGAAGAGAGCUGUGGAACGAAGUCUCACCUUAGCUGAGGAGGUCAAGUGUCAAUCCAUAGCCAUGCCAGCUAUCAGCUCUGGAAUCUUUGGCUUUCCCUUAGACAAGUGUGUGGCCACCAUUGUUUCAACCAUCAAAGACAACUUCCAACACCAACCAGACAGGCGCACCUUGAAAAAGAUUUAUCUGGUGGACAUAUCUGCAAAGGUUGCAGCGGCCUUUGCUGAAGCUGUAGAAACUACAUAUAAAGCCUCCCUCUCCCCAACAGCUUCCCAGUCCAGUUUAUCAGCGUUAGAAUUAGUGCCACCUGAGGAAACGCCACAGAAACAACAGACACAGGACUAUGUGCUGGUGUCCCCAGAAGGCCUGAAAAUCCAGCUGGUGGAAGAAGGUGUACUGAAUGCCAAGUGUUUCCAGGCAUUUUCAGAUGAAUUUGACAAAAGGAGUCAUGGAAAUCCAAGUGACACCCAAGGUUUCUAUGGGAGUCUCUCCAGCCCUAUGUUAGGAGUGUAUGAAAUGAAUAUUGGCCCGAUCCUCUUCCAAGUGGCCACGGGGGACAUCACCAAAGAAGUGGCAGAUGUGAUUGUCAAUUCAACAUCAAAGACGUUUAAUCUCAAAUCAGGCGUCUCCAAAGCAAUUUUGGAAGGUGCAGGACCAAGUGUGGAGAAUGAAUUUUCUGUCUUGGCUCAGCAGAACAGUGAGUACAUAGUUACUCAAGGUGGAUCACUGAGAUGCAAGAGUAUUAUUCACGUUGUUGGUGGGAACGACGUGAAGAGAUCAGUGUCCUGUGUUUUGGAAGAAUGUGAACAACGGAACUACUCAUCCAUUUGCCUACCACCCAUUGGCACAGGAAGUGCUCAACAGGACCCAGAUGCAGUUGCUAAAGCCAUAAUGGAUGCCAUUGAAGAAUUUAUCUGGAAAAGGUCAGCGCCGGCUGUGAAGAAAGUCAAAGUUGUUAUCUUCCAGCCUCAUAUCCUGGAUAUAUUUUAUGACAACAUGAAAGACAGAGAAGGCUCCCCAGCUCCUCCCCAGCUGUCUCUACUGUCUAAGACCACCUCCUUUUUAGGCUUUCCAAAGCACACUCCACAUGAACAGAAGACCCUGUUUUUGGAGAAGAAAAUAGAGCAGACCGUUUUCCAGGUAUGUGGCAUAGACGAAGACAGUGUGGAAAACACGAUCUCCUGGAUACAGAAUCUGAUCAACAAAGAGCAGCUACCCUAUAGCAGUGAUGAUGAGUGUGUCAGAGACUUUGGUGAGAAGGAGUACAAGAAGCUGAAUGAGCUGCAGGAGAGGCUGAAUAUCGUCAUUGAGCUGGACCAGAAGGCACCUUUGAUUGAAGUUUCAGGAAUUAGCAGAGAUGUGAUAGAAGCCAGAGAUGAGAUUGUAAACCUGAUCAAGAGCAUCCAAUUGGCUAAAGAGAAGGAAAGCCAGGCAGACCAUAUCCUCACAUUCGUGGAAUGGCGAUAUAUUGUCAACAACAUCACACACUGUUUCGACAAAACAGCUACCAUGCAGUUGGAGAACGCACGGCAGGCAAAGCACAAGAGCACUGUUGUCAAAAUUAAUAAUCAGGACUUCACAGUGAACUUGAGGACGAAUAUGGCCACAGGCCCUCAAGGACAGAGUGUUACAGUUCAGCGCAUCUUGAAAGAUGAAGCUAAGGAGAGAGUACUGAAAAAGAGAGACCAUGACAUGGUGAUUGAUGGCAAACCUGUGACCAUUUUCCUAGAAACCACGAAAAGGCCAGAAGAGGAUCUGAGAUCCAGUCCUUCAUUUUUGACGCAGCUGAGGUUCCAAGCCCCAGACCUACAUCUUCGACACAGCCAGCUGAGGUUACAAGCUCCAGACCUCCAACUUUGGCAGAGCCAGCUGAGGCUGCAAGCUCCAGACCUCCAUCUGUGA